AUGCAAGUAGAUAGACCACAGACAAAACAGAGCUCAAGGAAAACUAAGAAAGCAUGGAGAAAGAACAUAGAUCUAGAUGAUAUUGAGUCAGGGCUUGAGCAGAGGCGUGAAGAGCUGAUUCAACAUGGUGAGGCUCUGGAUAGUAUUGAUUCUGAAGACCUUUUUUUCAUAGAUGAUGAAGCUGAUGAGAAGGUGGUGAAGAAGAUGAAACGCGAAAACGUCAAGCUUCUUAAGUCGCAAGAAAUUUUGAACCAACGAUCUAAAGUGCCAGGUCUGGAGACAGAGAGGCAUAAACGGAAAAUUCAGGGAGUUGACAAGAAAGAAGUGCAUAAAUUGAUGGAACUGGCUGGAAAAGUUCAAGGCGUGACUAAAGCCCAAGCAGCAGUGAGCAAUGAGGGGCUGGCUAAGGUCACUAAAAUCUAUGAUGUGUGGUCUGAACCUGAGUCUCGCGAGCAGAGUCCAAGUCUCGCAAGCUAUACUCCAGCUACGAAAGCCCCUAAGACCCUAUCGGAGCCUCCCAUCAAGGUAAGAGAGGUGGAAACCCUUCCUCAUGAAGGAAAGUCCUAUAAUCCAUCUUUUGAGAGCUGGCAGGAACUGAUCAAGACGGAAUCAUUCAAAGAAAGCACUAAGGAGGAGCAAAAAUUAGCUUUGCAGGAGCACCAAGAGAAAAUUCAGUACUUGAUUGAGAAUUUUGACGAUGAUGAGGUCCCGGAAGACGACGAACAAGAGGAGGAAGAGGAGGAGGAUGCAAGUGACGUGACAAAAUUGUCGCUAAAUCCAGCUGUCAAAAACAAGGAGAAAACUAAGGCACAGAGAAAUCGGGAACAGAGACAUAAAGAGAGAAUGAAGCUUGAGACCGAAAUGAAGGAGUUGAAACAGAAAAUUAAGGAGCUAGAAACGUUACCUGAGCUGCUAUCAAAAGAAAGUCCUAGUAAUGUCAGAACCAAACAGGAUAAAGUUGCCAAGGAGAAGAAGAAGCUAGGAACGAAGCACCAACCUGUCGAAGGGUUGCUGGAAGUGAAAUUGAGCGACGAACUGAGCGAUAGUUUACGCAAACUUAAGCCAGAAGGCAAUCUGUUGUACGACCAAAUGCGCGCAUUACAGUCUUCGGGUAAGGUUGAGGCCAGAAAGCCUGUGAAGCAGAAGCGCAAGUACGCCCCAAAGCUUACUGAAAAGUGGACUUACAAGGAUUUUCGCGGAUAA